CAACUACUCUCAGUCUCUCACUAUCAUUCUCAUCUCCACACUCCAUCUCUCUCCUCUGCAGCGUCAAAGCCCCAAAAGACUUUCCUUCUAACUAUAACUUCUUUUUUCUUUUGUAUUUUUUUGUAUUUUUCAUCCUAAUCUUUAUUUUACCUUCACAAUCAAUGUCCUUUUUUAACUUUAUAUAUUAACUCAAUUUCCCCCAAACUUCCCACAAUUUUUAUUUUUCUUUUUAUUUUUUGAGUUCUCAAUUUCGUUUUCAGCUACUCUUUAAGAUUACUAUUUUGGGAAACUCAAUUCUUCCAUCUCGAUGUUCUUCUUUCUAAUAUUAGAUUUUAUUACUCAAUAUUGAGUUAUAAAUUUGUCGAAACUUCAUCGCUUUUUUCCAGAUUAAAAAGCUCUAAUUACUCAUUAUUUACAUUUACUAUCUAAAUUUUUGAAGGUUGCAGAUAUUUUAAGCAAUAAUUAAGCUGCUGUCUUUCUUAUGUUGGUGCCCCUGGAUAUCGAAUAGCACUUGCUUUGUCCAAACAGAACAAGAUGUGGCUGUUAUAUAUAUAGUGAAAUGAAGACCUCACCGGACUCUCAAACCACUCCUGAAAGACAGUCGAACAACCAGGUUUCUCAUGAGUCCCAAAGUGACCAACAAAAUAACAACAAUCAAGAAGCUCCAGUCCCUGACUCAGGUUCAGCUGCUGUUUCAAGCAACGAUGGGCGCAAAGUUUCUCGAGAAGAUAUUGAACUUGUCCAGAAUUUAAUAGAACGGUGCUUACAACUGUAUAUGAAUAGAGAUGAGGUGGUUAAGACCCUCUUAAAUCGUGCAAGGAUUGAUCCAGGAUUCACUACUUUAGUAUGGCAGAAAUUGGAGGAAGAAAAUGCUGAUUUUUUCAGGGCCUAUUACAUAAGGCUUAAAUUGAAGAAGCAGAUUGUUUUAUUCAAUCAUCUUCUUGAACACCAAUAUCAUCUAAUGAAGUAUUCCGUACCUCCAAAAGUUCCUUUGGCUCCUAUCCAGAAUGGAAUACAUCCUAUGCCGGUUAACAACUUGCCUAUGGGAUACCCCGUCCUACAACCACCUCCAAUUCCAGCCGCUGGUCAACCUCAUCUUGAUUCUAUUAGCCAUGGAAUAUCCAGCUGUCAUGUGGUUAAUGGAGUCCCUGCACCCAGUAAUUUUCAACCCAUGAGGAUGAAUUCUGGAAAUGAUAUGGUGAUCGAAAGUAGCUCAGCUGAAGCUGCACCAGUGAUUCCACCCAGCAGUGGCAUGUCAUCGAUGUCAGAAAUGCCCAUUAGUCCAACUUCAGUGGCAUCCAGUGGGCAUUUUCCGUUCACUGCUUCAGAAAUUCCGGGGAUGGUAGUAGAUACUUCAGCACUGGAUACAGCAUUUCAAUCUGAUGUGGGAAGUUCAAUUGGGUUGCAGCUUCCUUCUGAUGGAGGAGCUGGAAAUUCUAAAGAUUCUCUGCGGUCUUUGGCUCAAAUUCCUUGGAAUUUCAGCCUUUCUGAUCUAACAGCAGAUUUAUCAAACUUGGGAGAUCUUGGGCCUUUGGGAAAUUAUCCAGGUUCGCCUUUUCUGCCUUCUGAUUCUGAUAUCCUGCUCGAUUCACCAGAUAAUGAGGACCUAGUGGAGGAGUUUUUCGUUGAUUCAAUCCCCGGACCGCCUCCUCAAUCCGAUGAGGAGAAGUCUUGAGCCACAUUUCGAUCCGUCCCUUCUCCAAUAUAAGACAAAUGAAGCUGAGUUCUCGACGCUACACCAUAAAUUUUUUACUUCGGAAAGGGAAAAGAGUGGGGACAUGUGUCUGCCUUCUACUGAUAUAUGUACUCAUUAGCUGUCGUCAGAUGUUAACAAGAACUUGAUGAUGACUGUUCAUUGGUUCUGUAUUGUAUACCAAUCUAAUUAUAUCUUGAAAUAUAACGAUGCUAUACUUUGAGUUCCCAUCUCGUUGAUGGUGUGCAAUAUAUCUAUAGUAUUGACAUUCAUAAAUGUUUGAGUUUGUAUAAUUUGUUAGAUUCAGUGGUGAUGAGAACCUGAGAAGAGAAAAUGACCUGUUUGUUUAUUA